AUGGAUGCUCAUGGAGGACACUACCUUAAUAAAGACGCUGUGCUUUCACCUUUAGGUGUAGCGCGAAUGUGCCAGUUGCUACUCGGUUGCACCAUAAUAGCCCUUGUGGCCCACAGCGCGGGCUACAGUGCCGACUACGGAACCUUCUGCAUGUUUGUGUGGUGCUUCUGCUUUGCUGUCACGCUGGUUGUGUUCACCUUGGACAUCACGCGGCUCCACACAUGCAUGCCCAUUUCCUGGGAUAACUUCACUGUGGCGUUUGCCAUGCUGGCAACGCUCAUGUACAUCACUGCUUCCGUGGUCUACCCUGUCUACUUCCUCCAAACAGAGUGCCCCGAUGACAGCUGUGAAGUCCAAAUCUACCGCAUCGCUGUCACCGUCUGCUCCAGCGUCUGCUGCUUCCCCUACGGUACCGAGGUGUUCCUGACUCGGGCCAAGCCGGGGGCUGUGGUGGUUUACAUGGCCACUGUGUCCGGUCUACUCAAGGUGGUCCAGGCUUUUGUGGCUUGCAUUAUUUUUGGGGCCCUGGACCAUGACAGCGAGUACAAUGUCUACAUUGCCACUGAGUACUGUGUGGUUGUGUACAGCCUGUGCUUUUCCAUCACUGUCAUUGUGAUAGUACUGACAGUUUCUGGCAGGACCUCUGCCCUGCGGUUCCCCUUUGAUCGGUUCGUGGUUGUCUACACCUUCUUCGCUUUCAUCCUCUACCUCAGUACUGCACUCAUCUGGUCCAUAUUCAGCUUUGACAGGAAGUACGGCACCACAUCUCGUCCUGAGGACUGCCCACGUGGGGAAUGUCCCUGGGACAGCAAGCUGGUGGUGGCAGUGUUUACCAACGUCAACCUGAUCCUGUAUUUUGUUGACCUUGUUUACUCCCAGAGGAUUCGCUUUGUCUCCAGCUCUGCUGCUGUCUGAAAAACUUUCCCCUCUGAAGACUGUUUAGCCUCAGAGACAAAUGAAGUUUGAGGCCUUCUCCAUUAUGCUAUCCACAGUCACGUCUCUGUGAAGGACUCAUUUCCUUGGAUCCACAGAUUCAUGGUUUCGUAUUUAU